ACUUUUUCCCAUUUCUAUGAUUUAUGACGCUCCCACCAUUUCAUUAGGUAAUCGGGUAGUUGACACCAUGCGUUAAGGAGCCGACCAUAACUCAGAAUAACCGAUCCAAAAUCCAAUCCAUUUUGCGCACCGUUUAACUUGCUUCCCCAUUUUCUGUUCUUAGAUCGCUCCUUUUCUAAACCCCAUUGAUCAAAAUUAGUUGAAGCUUGAAGACACUCUUUCAAUUUAGAGUUUUAGAUCUCUUCUUCUUUCUAUGCUGAACCCUGGAACGAAUUUCAAGAGAAACCCACUUCUUAUUCUUCUGUUCUUAAUGAAAACUCGUCUCGAGAUAUGUCGCUAGAUCUGCUACUGUAAUUUGGGCAUUUUAACAGGACUAUAUUCGUUUUCGUUAGAGCAUAAUCAGUUCUGGGUUCUUCAAUAUGAGCUUAGAUCUUUGCUCGAUUCUAAUAUAAUAUGGAUGUUGGAUUAAAUUGCGUAACACCCUUUUGGAUAAAUUGUUGUUUUAUUUUGAGAUUGUAUGUGUUGAUGGGACCUGAUUGGUAUACAAGUGAGGGACUGUUUUCUGUACUGGUUACUGGGUUAUAUUAAGAGUUGGGUUUUGGUUACUAGAUCAAAAGAGAGAAAAAUAUGUUUUGGAGGGAUCGUGAGAGGGAACACAAGGAACAGAACGGUGGACCACCUUGUGGACAGGUUCGAGUUCUCGUUGUUGGCGAUUCAGGUGUUGGGAAAACAUCUCUUGUGCAUCUAAUAGUCAAAGGUUCUUCCAUUGCUCGCCCUCCUCAGACAAUUGGAUGUACAGUUGGUGUGAAGCAUGUUACUUAUGGUAAUUCUGGUAGCUCUUCAAGCAGCCUUAAAGGUGAUGCAGAGAGAGAUUUCUUCGUCGAACUAUGGGAUGUUUCAGGGCAUGACAGAUAUAAAGAUUGCCGGUCUCUGUUUUACUCUCAGAUUAAUGGUGUCAUUUUUGUGCAUGACCUCUCCCAGAGGAGGACCAAAACAAGCUUGCAGAAAUGGGCAUCUGAGAUUGCUGCAACUGGGACAUUCUCAGCUCCUCUUGGUUCUGGUGGUCCAGGUGGUCUUCCUGUCCCUUUUAUUGUUAUUGGGAACAAAGCAGAUAUUGCUGCAAAAGAAGGUACAAAAGGAAGCAGUGGCAAUCUUGUUGAUGUGGCUCGUCAGUGGGUUGAAAAGCAGGGUUUACUUCCCUCCAGCGAAGAGCUUCCGUUGACUGAGAGUUUUCCUGGAAAUGGUGGCCUUAUUGCUGCUGCAAAAGAAGCAAGGUUCGACAAGGAAGCUGUGAUAAAGUUUUUCCGUAUGUUGAUCAGGAGAAGAUAUUUUUCAGAUGAGUUGACUGCAUCUAGUCCAUGGUCUGUUUCCCCAGUUCAAAGACCUGCGCAACGUUUGGAUGAGACUUCAAGUGAUGACGAUCAGUUUUACAAGAAUAAACGUUUAACCACUGAUCCAUACAAGUAUAACGUGCUUCCGCCCCUGCCGGCUCAGCGCAAUCUCACGCCACCUCCCACACUUUAUCCUCAGCAGCCAGUUUCAGUGACCGAGAAUUACAGCUUCCCAAGAUUUCCCCUCGCAGAUUCUCGUGAAAUAAACAGCACUGCUAGAUCGAAGCGAAUGGAUAUUAAUGUCUGAUGAUCUCUGCCUCAGGGUUUGCUACUGCAUUGGAUGAUCAUCGUUCGUCUCAGAAAAAAUCUUUCAUUCAAUUUCUGAGUUUUUUCCAUUAUAUUUUGUUUGUAAACUGAUCCACCGAUUCUUUAUAUCUGAGGCUGUUAGAGGAUUCGGGUUAGAGCUUGUCACACUACAUACAUGUAUAUUGAUUUCCAACCAGCAUUGCUAACAAUAUUCUUAGUGGCAUUGGAACACUUUUCAUAUAUUAUAUAAAUAUACUGAUUAUUGUUGAAAAAUA